ACAAUUGCAUUUGGCAACGUUGCUCUUCUUUCCUGUGUGCGUCAGUUAUUUGAAAGACAAAAUGACGUUAGUAUGUUGAGAGAAUUUGUUGUCAUAAUUUGAGUUUCACUACGGAAACGAACGGUAAACCUAUUUAUUCCAAAAAUAGAAAGUUGAAAACCUAAUCAUUCUAAUUCUGAGUGUUAUUAAACUACCAUGGCUCCAGUUGAUGUAGAUGCUGCUCCUAUUGAAGCUCAAAUAAGGAAUUUAAUGCUUUCUGGUCAUGUUGGCUUUGACUCCCUACCUGACCAAUUGGUUUCAAAGAGCGUCCAGAAUGGUUUUAUUUUCAAUAUUAUGUGUAUUGGAGAAACCGGUUUGGGCAAAUCGACUUUGAUGAAUUCUCUUUUUAAUACAAAUUUUGAAUCGUCUCCAAGCCCACACUCUCUACCUACUGUCAAACUGAAAGCUCACACAUAUGAACUACAAGAAAGUAAUGUAAGACUCAAGUUAACUAUAGUGGAUACUGUUGGUUAUGGGGAUCAAAUUAAUAAAGAAAACAGUUUUAAAGCUAUAGUAGAUUAUAUAGAUGCGCAGUUUGAAAAUUAUUUACAAGAAGAAUUGAAAAUAAAGAGGUCUCUUUCUACUUUCCAUGAUACCCGCAUUCAUGCAUGUUUGUAUUUCAUCUGCCCCACAGGACAUGGAUUGAAAUCGAUUGAUUUGGUUUGUAUGAAGCAGCUAGAUCAAAAAGUAAAUGUAAUACCAAUAAUCGCAAAAGCUGACACAAUUUCCAAAACUGAGUUGCAAAAAUUCAAAUCGAAAAUAAUCGCCGAGUUACAAAAUAAUGGUGUCUCCAUCUAUGAAUUUCCAGUCGAUGACGAAUCUGUUUCAGAUAUUAACUCUACUAUGAACUCACAUAUACCGUUUGCUGUAAUUGGUAGUACUGAUUUGAUCAAAGUAGGAAAUAAGAUGGUUCGAGCACGACAGUAUCCAUGGGGUACUGUACAAGUUGAAAAUGAAUCUCAUUGUGAUUUCGUAAAACUUCGGGAAAUGCUGAUCCGUACUAAUAUGGAAGAUAUGCGGGAAAAAACUCACUGCAGGCACUAUGAAUUGUACAGAAAAAAGCGUUUGGAACAAAUGGGUCUUAGUGAUGUAGAUGAAGAUAACAAACCUGUCAGUUUUCAACAAACUUUCGAAGCUAAAAGGUCUACACAUUUACAAGAACUGCAGCAGAAAGAGGAUGAAAUGAGACAAAUGUUUGUAGUAAGGGUCAAAGAAAAAGAGGCUGAAUUGAAGGAUGCCGAGAAAGAUCUCCAUGCUAAAUUUGACAAACUUAAAAAAGAUCAUACUGAAGAAAAGAAAAAAAUUGAAGAUUCUCGCAAGAAAUUAGAAGAUGAAAUUGUGGAAUUCAACAGACGAAAAUCUCAGUAUCAACAAAUGGGACAAAGUCAUCACACACUCACGCUAGGCAAAAGUAAGAAAAAAUAAGAUAACAAUGCUGUAUGUUUUUGUACUUUUAUACAGAUUUUAGAUGUAAUAUUUGGAUCUGUUCUUGGAAUAUGUUUUCUCUAUAUCUAUUAAUAAUUAGCACAAACAUAUAUAUUAAAAUGAAUGUUUAUCAUAAAUAAAAUUCCUAGAGCAGUUCUGCAAAGUUUUAUUCAGCUUUUUGUGAUCACAUUUGCGAAUGAUGUAAGUUUAGAAUCAUCUUGUACUAAAAAUUAUUUUGUGAAUUUAUAAAAAUAAAUAAAACAUAUAUUAAUUAGAGUAAUUUAAGAUGCUUCCAUUUAAUUAAAUAUGAAUAAGUAUCUUUAUACAUCAAAAACUAACCAGAAUGAUCAGUUUAGAUACAAUGAAAUUGUUCGUUUUGUCUAAUAGAAAAUAAUACAUGAAAUUAAAUGGAGACAAUCUUUUUAUUAACUUCAAAUUGAAUCCAAUAAAUCAGAGGGAAUAGUUUAAUGAGUCAUCUGCUUCAACACGACUCUGCUGCACAUGUAACAAUCAUUUGAAUAUAUCCAGGUCAGAUACAUCAGUCACAGUUUUGUUAUGGAAGAAAAGCAUUUAAUACUGUUUCAUAUUGAAAUGCCUUGUAUGUUAUUAAAAAGUUAUUCUAUAUCUAUAUACAAAUCCACUGAUUAUUUACCUUGUCACUUGAUGAUGACAUGUCAUUACCUCCACAAAUAUUAGAUUCUAUAAUUUCCUAAUUUCAAAAAUUUGUUUUCUUGAUAUAGUCUUCUUGUGAUCAUUCGUCUACCAAACCAAAUAUUCCUCAUUGGUUAUUAAUAUAUUGUUGUAGCUAACCUAAGGAAUAUGUAUAAUAUUCUCCAUCGGAGAUACAAGAAUUCUUUAUUCUUUAGUGCUUUAUAACAAUUAGUAAGUUAACUUCAGACCUUCAUGGUGCAGUAGGAUAGUGCUCUAUUUGCCUAUUUGUUAUCUAGUCCAGAUAACAUCAAAAAAUAAAAAAUUGGUAUAUCACUUGUUAGAAGGCAAAGUAUUCUGCUUAUAUUUUGUCACAUUUAGCAGUAGUAAUAGUUUCGACCAUAUGGUCAUAGCAUUAAAAGAAUAAGAAGUGAAUCUGUAGUUUGGAAUUGUAGAUACAUUAUCCGAAUGCUAUAACGAGACAGAAGAUUAAUUUUCUUAUUGAAUUUGGAAUCUGAAUUUUAUUAUAAUCCAGAAAAUCUAACAUUCAAAAUCCUUUCUUUUUCAUAGUAAUCAUGUUUGUAAAUAAAGAUGGUUCCAAAUACCCAAUAAUAGGGUAUUUGGAUUUUUCAAAAAGUAUUUAUUUUUUUAUUUUAUAAGUUCUUGAUAUGAAAUAAUGUCAGGAAGUAAAAUAUUUAAUUGACAUUUGAAAAAAUAUGAGAAUAAAGCGGUUUAUAAAAUAUUCACGUUAAAAUUGAAAGCCUAAUAAACUUAAUUAUUGUAAAGUAUUAAAUUAAUUUGAAUCUGAAUUUUACUUACAUUGAAAUGAUCCUGGCAACAAAAAUAACUACAUCACCAGGAUCGACAAAACUACCAACACUUUCAAAUCAUUUUUCUUGUAGUAUAUUCGAAUUUCUUGGCAUCAUAAAGAAAACUUUAUCAAUUGUUUUAGUUGAGGUAUGUUUACGUCCUGGCACAAAACACAAUUUAUAUACCAUUCUUCAGAUUAAUCAUAGUUUAAUGAUAAUAAUUUUAGAAUAACCGAAAGAGUAACUGUCGUAUUUACUUUGUAUCGAAUGUUUAGUGUUUAUUUUAUACCUAUGACGUCACGUAAUAUGGCGGCUUUACUGAAAUGCUUAAACUACCUACAAAUUUUUUGAAUUUUUUUUCUAUAAAUAUUGAUCAAAGAAUUAAAAAGAAUUAUAAUUAAAGUUGUAUAUAAGCUAUCCAAAACCAUUUUUUUCUCAAACGAAGCAAGUACCCAAUUCUUUGGUAGUAAUUUCGUGUGCUAGUAAAUAUUCACUAUAAAAGUAAAAAUAAAUUAUUAGUAUACUUUUAUAUGAUAAGUUAUGGAAUUUGAUGAAAAUCGAUAAAAGCAACUUACAUCAUUUGACAAAACAGCGCACAAAAAUAUAAUAUUGAAAAAUAUUCGCCUCCCGCAUUUUUGCAACGUACUUAACAAAACUUUUCAACUUAGUGUAUGUGACAUCUAUUUUAAACAUAUUUUUCACAAAUUUUUGUUGCAAAUUUCAAUAACAAUAAUUUUCAUUUUAUUUAUAUAACAUUGUAAUCAGUGGCGGAUCUAGUAUUCUUUUAGGGGGGUGCUGAAUGAAAAUUAAAUGUAACAUACAAUUGAAGACGUAGUAAUGAAAUUAGGCCAUUCUUGCUUAUGAAUAUAAUUUACGAGUUUCAUACUUAUUAUAUUUGUAUAAAUGUUACAUUCUUGCAAAAAAUUUCUUAGACUGUUUAAGGGUGGCUGCAACCCGAAAGCCCCCUGUAGAUUCGCCACUGAUUGUAAUAAAUGUUGUUUGCUUCAUUUGUUUUAUGAUUUUCAAGGAACUUUAUGUACUAAAACCAGAUUUUCUAAUUUUCUUAUACAAACUGUGCUCAUUUCUCCAACCAUACAAAUAAUAUGUUUUCUGGAGUAUCCACCUCAAUUGGACGACCAGAACGUUCACCAUUACUACGACUAUGUUUAAAUUCAGUAAACCAAUAACAAAUGUUUCUUUUCGAUUGAGUAGAUUCCGGAUAACACUUUUCAAGCGAUUGCUGAGCUUUUACAAUAUUUUUUUUUCAUUAAAAAGAAAUGAUAAAUUAACACAAGAAAUUGUUUUGAAAAUAACAAAAGUAGCUCCUCUUAAAUGGCUAUCACUUCUUUCUAACUGAUCGAAAUGUCAUUAAAUUUCACACAUAUUCUUCUGAUUUAUUCGCUUCAUUUUUUGUUCUUUAUCAACAUAGCUUCUUUAAUUACUUUCUUUUUAUAAUAUUCUCUCCAGAUAUUCAAUUAAUUAUUUUAAUCCAUAGGAAGUCUACAUUUAUUUAAUUGAUUUCAUGGUUAUAUGUCUUUGUGACACAAUAAUUACUUCACUAUUAAUUCUUAAAGACAUAAAACAAUUUUUUCCAUAAUUGUAAUAAUUUGUUAAAUUGUUAAGAAUAAAUUUAGAGAUAGGGUAUUGGAUAAGGACUUUUUAGGAAACUCUAUCUAAUCCAUAGGCUACCUGUAUUUUCUAUCUUGCGCAUUUUUAUACCAUAGUUUUACCACAAUGUAAUCAAUAAUAGCAUGUUUAUAUUAUAAUAUUUAUUUACUUAUGUCAGUUUUUCAAAAUUAAAUGAUAAACAAGCUUGUUUUUUGGUUAUUGCAGUAUAAGUAAAUUAAUUUUGAGUUUACAAAAUGGUAGUGGCAUAAUUUGCUUGUUCCAAAUAAGGACACUUCUAGGAAUCACAUAUAUACUAGUAGAUAUCUUUCUACUAGUUUUAACUUUUAAAAAUUAGUGCUGUCUUCAAUAUCAGAUGGUGCAACUUUUUGUUUAUUACAUAUAAAUGUGAAUCUUUUAUUUUAAAUCAAUAUUACAUAAUGAAAAAUUUUUUGAUAUGAACAUGGAGCACAAAAUAGGAUUUUUUUGCAAUAGUAUUAAAGGAUUGAGGUCUUUACAUUUUUUGCUACGGUAUUAAUACUGUCUCUUUAUUUUCUAGGACUACAUAAUAAAUUUUUAUGAAGAUGCCAUUUAUAUGGAAUAAAUAGAAAAGUUACCAUUGUUGUACCGUGUACGUCCAUUAUAUUAUCAUUUAAUGUAUAAUUUUAAAUGUUUCAUUAUAACUUAAAAAAUAUAUGUGUAAGUACCAAAGUAAAUUAGUAAAGUAAUUAAGAUAAUUCAUAGCUACAAGUAAUAUUUAUUAAUAAUGUGUUUGUAUGUAUUUAAAGUUAUAUCAUUUUAAACCCCAUUUCUGUUUUAACGUAAUAUAUAUUUCAAUGAUA